UGACGUUUGCAAAAACAACCUGCAGAAAAUAAAUUGUCGAGCGGCGACCUUUGAGUCUGGCUAGUUAGAGCCCGAGGAGGCAGUUCCUCAGCCCGGGGUGGCAAUUGGCUGCGCGUGCACUCACUGCAACUCCCCUCUUGUCUCUCUCUCGAUCCAUUUCCUAUCACGCGUUCUGUAAAAUUGCCUACACACACGCACGAUGUGGUUUGCGUGUGUAUGCGUGCACCGGAACCCAAAGUCCGUCGGUGGCGUCGGCAAAUUUGAAGAUUAACGAGGUUAUCCUCCAUUCGACCCGCAGAGAGAGAGAGAGAGAGGACCAGAAAACACAGACUGCUGUGCCGACCUGCUUGCGUGUCGAGGCGGAAAGGGAGCUUGGCUCUGGCCAGCUGCGUUUGUUGGACUGGAUCGAAUUGGACUCAGCGAAGAGCAGUAGGACUAUAUAAAGACAGGAGGGGAAAUAUGAGCGAUAAACGGAUGUCGCGGUGGUAUUUUGGGGGGCUCGCCUCCUGUGGGGCUGCCUGCUGCACCCAUCCUCUGGACCUCAUCAAAGUCCACCUGCAGACCCAGCAGAAGGGGAAGAUGGGGAUGGUGAGCAUGGCCAUGCAGGUAGUGAAGAACGAUGGAGCUCUGGCUCUGUACAACGGACUCAGCGCAUCACUCUGCAGACAGAUGUCCUAUUCUCUAACUAGGUUUGCUAUCUAUGAGACAGUCAGAGACAUGUUGAGCAGCAGUAACCAGGGGCCCAUGCCUUUCUACCAGAAGGUGCUGUUGGGGGCCUUCGGAGGUUUUACUGGCGGGUUCAUUGGUACUCCUGCAGACAUGGUGAACGUCAGGAUGCAGAAUGAUGUUAAACUUCCCCCAGAGCUGAGGAGAAACUAUAAACAUGCUGUGGACGGUCUCUUCAGGGUCUUCAGAGAAGAGGGGGUGAGGAAGUUGUUCUCAGGAGCCACCAUGGCCUCCAGCAGAGGAGCUCUGGUCACCGUGGGACAGUUGGCAUGUUAUGACCAGGCUAAACAGCUGGUGCUGUCUUCAGGCUUCAUGGGCGAUAACAUCCUCACACACUUCCUGUCCAGCUUCAUCGCUGGAGGCUGUGCUACGUUCCUGUGUCAGCCUCUAGAUGUGAUGAAGACCAGGUUGAUGAACUCUAAAGGAGAAUACUCAGGUGUGAUACACUGUCUGAGAGUGACGGCUAAAGAAGGACCCAUGGCAUUCUACAAGGGUCUUGUUCCUGCAGGGAUCCGUCUGAUUCCUCACACGGUGCUCACCUUCAUCUUCCUAGAGCAGCUCAAGAACAACUUCGGCAUCGUCAUCAUCUCCUGAGCACGCUCCAUGACCUACGACCUUUACCCUCUAACCCCCUGUCCCCUGCAAACGUCAACCAAUCCCCUGUCACUGCCACAGUGCCACCCCCCCCCCCCCCCAUGGCCCUGAGCUGUCCAAUCCCACAGAGUGGUGGUUGUAGGGAUGGAAUGUCUGCUAUCCUACCCAGCCCUCUUUAACCUGCUCUGGAAAUCAACCAAUCACCUGUCACUGCCACAGUGCCACACCCCCCCAUGGCCCUGAGCUGUCCAAUCACACAGAGAGGUGGUUGUAGGGAUGGAAUGUCUGCUAUCCUAACCAGCCCUCUUUCACCUGCUCUGGAAAUCAACCAAUCACCUGUCACUGCCACAGUGCCACACCCCCCCAUGGCCCUGAGCUGUCCAAUCACACAGAGAGGUGGUUGUAGGGAUGGAAUGUCUGCUAUCCUAACCAGCCCUCUUUCACCUGCUCUGGAAAUCAACCAAUCACCUGUCACAGCCACAGUGCCACACCCCCCCAUGGCCCUGAGCUGUCCAAUCACACAGAGAGGUGGUUGUAGGGAUGGAAUGUCUGCCAUCCUACCCAGCCCUCUUUAACCUGCUCUGGAAAUCAACCAAUCACCAGGGGAAAAGACUACGAAGGAACUGCCUACACCUGCACCAUCACAGCCUUGUCCACAGGAAGAGUUGUCAUAGCAACGCCAGUCAAACCCUGCUGUGACAUCAUCUUCAUGCAUCUGCCAUCAUCAAUAGUGCCGUUCUCAAUGGGGACUGCGCCUCAAAUCAUACACUAUUCCCUAUAUAGUGCAUGACCCUUAAUCUGUAGUGCACUUAACAUGUAGCUCUGGUCAGAAGUAGUGCACUACGUAGGGAACAUAGUGUCACCUGAGUUCACUCCCUAAACAGUGUUAAUGUGUGUUUAUAUUGUAGCCUUCCACCAUCAUCAUCAUGUAUCACCCAAACCUGUUCCAUUCCACACCACACCAGUCCUCAUGUAUUACUAGUAGUGUACUAGUUAUAGUAGUAUGUAUUACUAGUUGUAGUAGUAUGUAUUACUAGUUGUAGUAGUAUGUAUUACUAGUAGUGUACUAGUUAUAGUAGUAUGUAUUACUAGUUGUAGUAGUAUGUAUUACUAGUAGUGUACUAGUUAUAGUAGUAUAUAUUACUAGUAGUGUACUAGUUAUAGUAGUAUGUAUUACUAGUAGUGUACUAGUUAUAGUAGUAUGUAUUACUAGUUGUAGUAGUAUGUAUUACUAGUAGUGUACUAGUUAUAGUAGUAUAUAUUACUAGUAGUGUACUAGUUAUAGUAGUAUGUAUUACUAGUAGUGUACUAGUUAUAGUAGUAUGUAUUACUAGUUGUAGUAGUAUGUAUUACUAGUAGUGUACUAGUUAUAGUAGUAUGUAGUACUAGUUGUAGUAGUAUGUAUUACUAGUAGUGUACUAGUUAUAGUAGUAUGUAUUACUAGUUGUAGUAGUAUGUAUUACUAGUUGUAGUAGUAUGUAUUACUAGUAGUGUACUAGUUAUAGUAGUAUGUAUUACUAGUAGUGUACUAGUUGUAGUAGUAUGUAUUACUAGUUGUAGUAGUAUGUAUUACUAGUAGUGUACUAGUUAUAGUAGUAUAUAUUACUAGUAGUGUACUAGUUAUAGUAGUAUGUAUUACUAGUAGUGUACUAGUUAUAGUAGUAUGUAUUACUAGUUGUAGUAGUAUGUAUUACUAGUAGUGUACUAGUUAUAGUAGUAUAUAUUACUAGUAGUGUACUAGUUAUAGUAGUAUGUAUUACUAGUAGUGUACUAGUUAUAGUAGUAUGUAUUACUAGUAGUGUACUAGUUAUAGUAGUAUGUAUUACAAGCAGUGUAGUAGUAUGUAUUACAAGUAGUGUACUAGCUGUAGUAGUAUGUAUUACUAGUAGUGUACUAGCUGUAGUAGUAUGUAUUACUAGUUGUAGUAGUAUGUAUUACUAGCUGUAGUAGUAUGUAUUACUAGUAGUGUACUAGCUGUAGUAGUAUGUAUUACUAGCUGUAGUAGUAUGUAUUACUAGUUAUAGUAGUAUGUAUUACUAGUUAUAGUAGUAUGUAUUACUAGUAGUGUACUAGUUGUAGUAGUAUGUAUUACUAGUUGUAGUAGUAUGUAUACUAGUUGUAGUAGUAUGUAUUACUAGUUGUAGUAGUAUGUAUCACUAGUUGUAGUAGUAUGUAUCACUAGUUGUAGUAGUAUGUAUUACUAGUUGUAGUAGUAUGUAUCACUAGUUGUAGUAGUAUGUAUCACUAGUUGUAGUAGUAUGUAUCACUAGUUGUAGUAGUAUGUAUCACUAGUUGUAGUAGUAUGUAUCACUAGUUGUAGUAGUAUGUAUCACUAGUUGUAGUAGUAUGUAUCACUAGUUGUAGUAGUAUGUAUCACUAGCACUGUAGUAGUAUGUAUCACUAGCACUGUAGUAGUAUGUAUUACUAGCACUGUAGUAGUAUGUAUUACUAGCACUGUAGUAGUAUGUAUUACUAGCACUGUAGUAGUAUGUAUUACUAGCACUGUAGUAGUAUGCAUUACUAGCACUGUAGUAGUAUGCAUCACUAGUUGUAGUAGUAUGAAUCACUAGUUGUAGUAGUAUGCAUCACUAGUUGUAGUAGUAUGCAUCACUAGUUGUAGUAGUAUGUAUCACUAGUUGUAGUAGUAUGUAUUACUAGCACUGUAGUAGUUGUAGUAGUAUGUAUUACUAUAAUGUAUUACAGGUAUGACUGUGGAUCACUACAACAUUGUGGUUCUAACUGAAACCAUCUCAGAUACUGUCACAUCGGGGGGUGACGGUGACAAAGGGCCCUCUUCAUGUUCAUAACACUGUAACAGCGGCAGGGAGCCUCGUGGUGAAGAGCGUCGGGCCAGUAACCCGAAAGGUUGCCGUGUCGAAUCCCCGAGCUGACUAGGUAAUACAUCUGUUGUUGUGCCCUCGAGAAGGGAAGACACUUAACCCUAAUGGCUCUGGAUAAGAGUGUAAAUGACUCAAAUGGUCAUGUACUGUGACGGGUCAGUGCUAUACCUGUUCAUAGGUGAUGCUUAUUACUGUGACAGAUCAGUGCUAUACCUGUUCAUAGGUGAUGCUUAUUACUGUAACAGAUCAGUGCUAUACCUGUUCAUAGGUGAUGCUUAUUACUGUGACAGAUCAGUGCUAUACCUGUUCAUAGGUGAUGCUUAUUACUGUAACAGGGGGUCAGUGCUAUUCAUGUUCAUAGGUGAUGCUUAUUACUGUAACAGAUCAGUGCUAUUCAUGUUCAUAGGUGAUGCUUAUUACUGUAACAGAUCAGUGCUAUACCUGUUCAUAGGUGAUGCUUAUUACUGUGACAGAUCAGUGCUAUUCAUGUUCAUAGGUGAUGCUUAUUACUGUGACAGAUCAGUGCUAUACCUGUUCAUAGGUGAUGCUUAUUACUGUGACAGAUCAGUGCUAUUCAUGUUCAUAGGUGAUGCUUAUUACUGUAACAGAUCAGUGCUAUUCAUGUUCAUAGGUGAUGCUUAUUACUGUAACAGGGGGUCAGUGCUAUUCCUGUUCAUAGGUGAUGCUUAUUACUGUAACAGAUCAGUGCUAUUCAUGUUCAUAGGUGAUGCUUAUUACUGUAACGGGGGUCAGUGCUAUUCAUGUUCAUAGGUGAUGCUUAUUACUGUAACAGGGGGUCAGUGCUAUUCAUGUUCAUAGGUGAUGCUUAUUACUGUAACAGAUCAGUGCUAUACCUGUUCAUAGGUGAUGCUUAUUACUGUAACAGAUCAGUGCUAUACCUGUUCAUAGGUGAUGCUUAUUACUGUAACAGAUCAGUGCUAUUCAUGUUCAUAGGUGAUGCUUAUUACUGUAACAGGGGGUCAGUGCUAUUCAUGUUCAUAGGUGAUGCUUAUUACUGUAACAGAUCAGUGCUAUACCUGUUCAUAGGUGAUGCUUAUUACUGUAACAGAUCAGUGCUAUACCUGUUCAUAGGUGAUGCUUAUUACUGUAACAGGGGGUCAGUGCUAUACCUGUUCAUAGGUGAUGCUUAUUACUGUAACAGAUCAGUGCUAUUCAUGUUCAUAGGUGAUGCUUAUUACUGUAACAGAUCAGUGCUAUUCAUGUUCAUAGGUGAUGCUUAUUACUGUAACAGGGGGUCAGUGCUAUUCAUGUUCAUAGGUGAUGCUUAUUACUGUGACAGAUCAGUGCUAUUCCAGUUCAUAGGUGAUGCUUAUUACUGUAACAGAUCAGUGCUAUUCAUGUUCAUAGGUGAUGCUUAUUACUGUGACAGAUCAGUGCUAUUCCAGUUCAUAGGUGAUGCUUAUUACUGUGACAGAUCAGUGCUAUUCAUGUUCAUAGGUGAUGCUUAUUACUGUAACAGAUCAGUGCUAUACCUGUUCAUAGGUGAUGCUUAUUACUGUAACAGAUCAGUGCUAUACCUGUUCAUAGGUGAUGCUUAUUACUGUAACAGAUCAGUGCUAUUCAUGUUCAUAGGUGAUGCUUAUUACUGUGACAGAUCAGUGCUAUUCAUGUUCAUAGGUGAUGCUUAUUACUGUAACAGAUCAGUGCUAUUCAUGUUCAUAGGUGAUGCUUAUUACUGUAACAGAUCAGUGCUAUUCAUGUUCAUAGGUGAUGCUUAUUACUGUAACGGGGUCAGUGCUAUUCAUGUUCAUAGGUGAUGCUUAUUACUGUAACAGAUCAGUGCUAUUCAUGUUCAUAGGUGAUGCUUAUUACUGUGACAGAUCAGUGCUAUUCAUGUUCAUAGGUGAUGCUUAUUACUGUAACAGAUCAGUGCUAUACCUGUUCAUAGGUGAUGCUUAUUACUGUGACAGAUCAGUGCUAUUCAUGUUCAUAGGUGAUGCUUAUUACUGUAACAGAUCAGUGCUAUUCAUGUUCAUAGGUGAUGCUUAUUACUGUAACAGAUCAGUGCUAUUCCUGUUCAUAGGUGAUGCUUAUUACUGUAACAGAUCAGUGCUAUUCAUGUUCAUAGGUGAUGCUUAUUACUGUAACAGAUCAGUGCUAUUCAUGUUCAUAGGUGAUGCUUAUUACUGUAACAGAUCAGUGCUAUUCAUGUUCAUAGGUGAUGCUUAUUACUGUAACAGAUCAGUGCUAUUCCUGUUCAUAGGUGAUGCUUAUUACUGUGACAGAUCAGUGCUAUUCAUGUUCAUAGGUGAUGCUUAUUACUGUAACAGAUCAGUGCUAUUCAUGUUCAUAGGUGAUGCUUAUUACUGUAACAGGGGGUCAGUGCUAUAACUAGAAUCUUGUGAAUCUCACGUCAUCAUCUCAGAGACGUUUGUGACAUAGGGUGACAUAGGGUCCUAUUCCUGCCUAUAAGGGAUGCUGCAUAACAGGUUAUAAUGCCAUAACAACAUGGCUAUAAAGCCAUCACAUGCUUACAGACAAAGGUACUACACAGAAGAAGUUGCCCCUAGGCACUGAUUCUGGGUCAGACAUUAGUUGCAUCCCCCUACCAGUUAAAGUUACUGUUGGGGCUAGGUGAUCUGAUCCUAGAUCUGUGGUUCGGGACAACGGUAGAAAUUCCCACCAAGGGCAAUGUGACGAGGAGAGAUAACUGGACAGAGAUGAGAGACGUAUAGUGAGUAGGUUGUACCCUGCCUUUGACCAGGCCCCAUAGGGCCCUAUAGGAGGUCAUUCAGAGAUACUGUGAGUUAGAGAUACUGUUUACUGGGACCUGGAUGAAACUGCUGUCUUUAAGGCACUUUAUUAAACACACACACACACACACAGGUGCACUCAUCUCAGACAAACAUUUAUCUGUAUGUAAAUAGGGCCAUUUGGGGGACACACCCCACAGUGAGUUCCAGUGAGUCAGGAUGCCUUUCCCUCUGUGGCCUCCAGGGGGCAGCAUGGUACUGUGUGUGUUUGGGAGCCUGGUCAUUCUGAAUGAGUAACAUGAUUAUCAACAGACACUUGUCUGUUGUGUGACUGAGAGAGGAUUCAUUCAUAAAUCCUACUGUGAGGUUGUGUGUGUGCUUGUGAGUGUGUGUUUCAGUUAAUUGUUUGACUGUAUUUGAUGGGCCAUUAUUAAAGAGUGGUAUUGGGAACCACCCCUUGUACACACACACACACACACACACACACACACAAUCUCUGGGAAUGGAAAUGAGAUUGUAGGACCCAGCUCUGUGCGGCUGUACAUGUAUGGGUCUGUAUUUUGUAGAUUUGUUUUUUGAAUUAAAAUACUAAUAAUUAAUAA